AGAGAGGCGCCUUUUCUGAGCUCAUGUGAGGUUGUCAGGAAGAAGUAGCCAUUACUUUGUCAAAGUUGUCUGUGUUGUUAGCCCUCAAGCAUUUACCAGUAUAUCAACAGCAAAGCACAUUAAUACGACCCCCCUCUGUUACGUUUAACUAUUAUUAUGGCGACGAGAAAGAAGCGAACUCCUAAUGCACAAAAUGACAGCUGGGUUGUCGUUGCUGCAGACUCAGUUAUUGACUCACAGAAGAAAAACAGUGAUCCGGCUUUUGUGAAGCUAAGGAAUCCCUCUACAGAUGCAGCAUCUCUGUAUAUGUUUGGUAGUGGUGAUGAUCAGCUUUAUGAGGUUAAAGCAUUUGAAGAGGACUUUCACAGCUGGUUUCUUGGGCAAACAGUACAGCAGGAUGGGAAACUUCUCUUUGUAACUCCAAUGGAUCCUCUGUAUCUUAUUUUGCCCUAUUUGAUUAAAUCUGGCAAAGAGGGGAAGUUCCAGCCUGUGGACCAGGUUUUUAUAGAUGAGGAAUUCCCAGCUUGUUCAAGGUUGCUAAACUGCACACGUUCCCUGGCCUCCUUGCACCACGUUGCAGAGGAAAAAGAGGUGGGGAGCCUGAAGUUUCAUCGAUACAGCCGGGACAGAACACUGAACUGGUUAAAGAAAAAGGUGGAGAGAACGGUGAUUGCACUGAAGAAGAGGAAUAUCUCUGUUGGAGAAGGAGUGAAAUCUACCACAUAUGUCAGAGUAAAGCCCGAGUCAGACCAUCAUGAAGAGGACUACCUGCGCUAUGCUCACGGCCUCAUAUCAGAGUACAUCAGUGAAGACCUGAGCAAAGCUCUCCUCCAACACUUACAAUUACCAGAGCUCACGAGCCCAAAGGACACAGAGCCACCUUUAAAGAAGCGGAAACUAUCAGACAAACCGGUGGAGGCCGGCGAGGACUACACCAAAUUCAACAGUGCAGACUUUGCACGGAAACCGCCAAAGAAGAUGUCUGCAGCUCAGAAAAGUCUGGCUAAGGUGGACAAGACUGGCAUGAAGCCUAUGUCAUCCUUUUUCAGUCCCAAGGUUAAAGCAGAAAAGAAUUGAUAGAUUUUUUUUGUUUACUGUGUAUGACAAUAUUGUAAUAAAGAAAAGAAACAUUUUUGACAUA